AUGUCAUCAUAUUCAGCCCAAGACAGUCUACAGCACCUUCUCCCUUAUCCUGAGAACAAGAGCACGAAGGACAGCACGGUUGAAAGACGCCCACUGCCUCCAAAACUCCUGCAUAUCAAACGCUCUCUCGUACUCCUCCUAGUCCCAUUCAUUGUGGUGGGGUAUUACUGUCUCAUUUGGAAGUUAUUCAUUCUCAGGGAUCGGGAUGCUGCUGUCAAUUACGGCAUCUCUGGCGAACGGUGGAUCUUCUACUCUUGGUUCAUCGUCGGUGUUUUUGCCCUUGAAUGGUCCAGAUACGGUCUUGCUGGAGCCGAGUGUGCCGCUCUUCAAUCCAGAUGGCUCCGCUCUAAUAACAUGGUCGGGCUGCUAAAUCACAGUGGGAGCACAUGGAGUGACCCGGGAGGAUGGGGGCUUUCCUUCACACGCUUUGUCAAUAGUGAAGAGGCAAGGCAAGCCUAUACCGGCUGGUAUGGAGUCUUCAAGUCACUUAAAUGGGGCAUCUUCAAUCCGUUGAACUGGGUUGCGGGCAUGGGAAGAGUUCUUGGAUCUCUGCAACACUAUAAGCUAUGGUACCUUCUCACCCUCCUCAGCCUUUCGUUUUAUAUUGGCCUUCCCCUCUCGGGAAUAACUAUGGAACUCUCCAACGGUUAUGUAAAGACGAAAUCAAAGCCUGAGGUGGUUGGUCGAACAUGGGAAAACUUGCAUUCUCGUGCCGAGUGGUUUUAUACCCCCUCCAUUCAGAAAGCAUGGGAAGUCGGGUCACCCGCAACUGUUCCUGGCAUUGGUAUCAUCUAUACCGCUGGCUACAUUGACCGGAGCAGGUACAAGGGUCUUCAAAGUGUUCCAAACACGUUGCCGAUGACUGAUGGACUACCGGAAAUGUUCCUUGCACCCCAAGGGAGAAACCCAGUCUCCGGGAGGGCCUGGGGCUUCCGAGUAUCCUACAACUGCUCUAUUGUUGAAAAAGCGUCACAAUUCACUCUUCUCUCUCCGCAACACGCUUCCGAGAAUCAAUAUCUAAGCGUCUCAACGUAUUCUCAUAACGUACAUGCAUACGUGGAGGUCGCAUCUCGAGUAGCUGCGUCAUAUGAAGCGCAGACUACCUUUGAUUCAGAGGCGGCCUCACAAUGGGAUAUAUUCGAAUAUGUCAUGUGGCAGCUGAGGUUACCGACUGGAUAUCGCGAGGCAGAGGUUAGCAAUUUUAACAGCAAGCUCGAUCCUGUGAUUCAAGAUAUGGCAUCGCCGUUUGAAAAGUCAGUGAACGGAUCAUGGAACCUCAACAAUACCUACUUUGGCCAGCCAGCCGAGAACACGACUCUUACUAGCGACCAAGUCAAGGAAACGGAAAAAUUAAAAACCUUCCUUCCGAAUUGGUUGGAACAAAGCAUAGAUCUCGCCCCUCCUAUUGGACUGCGAUGCUUGGCAGCGUCGACAUUUGGAGAUGCCGAUCUCGACCCAAGAACGUCUACUUUCAGCUCCUUCGAAGAGCGAAUUCCUAGAACGUACCUUCAAUCCAAUGACGCCGUGCAACCUGUAGCAAGGCUCGGGCGCACAGUAACAGAUAUUCUAUCCAAGAACUACAUAGCCCUCUUUUCUUCCAUCAACUCCCGUACUAUGUCAGCCUAUUCUAAUUCUAUGGUCUAUGGAGCAUUCAUUACCCCUCAAGAACUGCAGAAGUCCGCCAUGCUAGCAUACGGAACUGAGGCACUACAGCUGAUGUAUGAUGGCAAGUAUGGAUUCGAGGGGAGCUGGAUACACCCGAAUCUGUCAUCAUCUGUCGAGAGCAAGAUUAUUACCCGAGGGGAGGUCCCCGCCCUAGUAGCGGUCAUACCAUUUGGCAUUUGGGCGUUAGGCUCGAUACUCCUUGCCCUGUUCUUCGGCUUCAGAAAAAGGCGCGGUGAGACCUUGGAUGGGUUCAGUUUCUACCGACUAGGCGCACAUCAUAGCUCUCGGCUGAAAGCAGAUGUAAUUUCUUUACUGCACAGGAACCUUACCAAGUCGGCACUCUAUGGGAGCUAG